AUGAAUUCACCAUCUGGUCGCACCAUCAUCCUCACUGGAGCUUCUCGCGGAAUCGGGUGGGAGAUUGCUCAAUGUUUGCUCAAGGAGCCUCUUGAGAGUAACGUGGUCGUCAUCGCCCGUACCGAAGAGCCGCUUCUGAAGCUCAAGGAACAAUAUGGACGACGCGUUGAAGUUCUGCGCGGCGAUGCAACUGACCCUGAUAUGGGCGACAAGGCCAUCAAAGCAGCUCUUACUGCCUAUGGAAGAAUUGAUGGGCUUAUCGUGAAUCACGGUGUUCUGGGACCUGUGAGCAAAAUUGUCCGAUCUGACGUGGAAGAAUGGAAAAAGGCAUUCGAUAUCAACUUUUUCAGCGCCGUUGAACUUGUCAAAGCAGUCCUUCCUCAUAUCCGCAUCUCUAGAGGAACCGUCAUUUUCACCUCCUCGGGGGCAGCCGCGUCGGCCACCAUCGGAUGGGGUUUAUACGGCGCAAGCAAAGCUGCGAUGAACCACCUCAAUAUGACCUUGGCAAAGGAAGAGCCCGAAAUCACCUCUCUUGCAAUUCGCCCUGGCAUGGUCGAUACGCAAAUGCAGGAAGAACUUAGAUCGGACCAUAUUCAAGUGCUUGGCCCCGAGGACGGUGGGAGAUUCAUCGCUGCGCACAAGGAAGGAAAAUUACUCCCACCUGAGAAGCCAGGCCGUGUAAUCGCCAAGCUUGCUUGUUGGGCUCCCCGUGAUCUUUCUGGACAGUUCUUGACUUGGAACGCCGAAGAAUUGAAGGACUAUCAAGACUAA